AUGCCGUUUCCUGGCGCAAACCGACGAGUCACAUUGCCGGCUUACGGGAAAUGUCCAGAAAUCUGUGGAUUCGUCCCGGCUCACUCUGCUGAGACUGGCAUUGUGUUUCUCGAGCUGAAGAGUUUCAAAGAGGCGCUCUAUCCCAAAAGCAGGCGCAUUCACAACAUCAUUGAGACCAAGACUGCCUCCUUUGCGGAAGUAUUUCAUGCAAUUUAUGGCCACCACACCCCCGAACCAACAGUGGUACAGGGCUCGGAUGGGAAACGGCAGGCUGAAAAAUGGGAUGCCUAUGUCGCCGAAGGCGAUAAAGCGUUUUUGAAAACACCGCAUGGGACUGCACAAUUUGUGCUGACUUUUUUGGUAGCCUCAACGAUGCUGCAUUCCAGUUGCUCCUCCACCUACGAGCGUAGGUACUUGACUGCUACCAUUUUGAGGGACUUGGUCGACCAAUCACUCCAGACAGACGUGGGACGGGUUUGUGCUCUUCCAUUUGGCCGUGUGGCCUUGCCAAUUGUCAAUGGGAAGGUGCAGCAAGCAAAGAUUGCACUUCAAUCACUCACUGCAGGGCCAUCAGUUAUCGAUUGGUGGAACUCAGUACUGGGGAACAUCAAAAUUCACAAACUGGCGGAAUCAGACAUGGGCAGAGUGUUCUGCUCUAGCUACCGCUCUAUUGGCAUCCGAGAAUUUCAAGACUGUUCUGCUUUGCAGGUUGUGUGGGAUGCCGGCAUGGCCGGUUCUACAAAAGUUGAUGUCAUCACAGUGGUCUCCUUGGAAAAGCAGUUGGAAUCUGCUUUGAUGUCAGACAAGUACUAUUCCUCCCAUUUCUGUGGCAUUGGGCCCGACAAGCUUCUUCUGGAAGGUUUUUUGCCAGCAGCGCUGCAUUCUUCGGGAUUGACUCUGAUAAGGGAUGCCAAGGAGUACUACAACAUUUUUGCAUUGAUGGGUGAUCUUUAUGUGGUGAAGCCGUUCUACAUGGAACCUUCAGAUUCAGGCUGCGAAUUUCUGUCGCGAAUGGGAGUUUUUAUCUUGCUGAUGCUGCGAGGAGAAGUUGAAAUCAUGGUGGACUUGGAUUGUGCAAUUGACAGGGUGAGCUGGGCUGUCAAAACGGCCCGCCGUGUGCGACUGAAAGCCCCGCCAGCUGGGAAAGCUUACAAUUCCUUCAAGUACCUUUUGCUUGACAGUGAGAAGUUGCGACUGUCCAUCUAUGAGGAGAAGUGGUUGCAGCGGUUCGGUCGAACAGCGAAAUCUGAUCCGAACUGCAUUUUCCAUCUAGGUACUCCAGGCUCACGUAGUGCUGUAGCACCACGCGUGCCAUCACUCCGUGGGAAAGAUGCCGAUCCAAGGGCAAAGGCUCCCACCGGCAAUCUGUUCAGCUCAAAGUGGCGUUACUUGAAGGAUGUGGGACUCUAUGAUUUGCGGCAACUGCUGUUCAAGUGCAAUGAGAUGGAGGGGUGCUUGCCAAAGAUCAAGGGGCAUGACAAGGAUGAUUUGCUGGCAGUGGUGCAGUAUAUCACUGCACUUGACCCGUCGGAACCAUUGGACACAAGGAAUCGAGAAGAGUGGAUUGAAAACAUGGUUGGCUUUCACAAAGGCCGUAUUGAGAAAGGUGAAGAGUGUUUCAACAUCUCCGUGGAUGAGAUCUUGGCCGUCCAGAAGGGCAGGGGAAAAUACGUUCCGAAGCUGUCUGUGUCGGAGUCAGACGCCCCGACUUUGCUCUACGCACCAGAUGGGUCUGGCGAGUACUUCAUCAGUAACGGUAUGGAAUCGCAUUGGGUGAAGACGUUCUUAUUGCAGGAUGGGAAACCCAGUGCUGCUGCCGUUUCGCCGGCAGACAGUUCUGUACCAGAAUCAGCUGAACCUGAAAGCCCACCUGAAGACGAUGAGCAAGAUGAUCAAGAGGAGUCGGAGCCCCCCAUUCCAGUUAAAGUGAUUGAGUCGACGAAGAGACGUGGACGUUGCUAUGCAUACAGACCCUCCGACAAAGCUUCCCGCUGGCUUCCGAAUACUGCAGUCAAAUGGUAUGCUUCAGUUUGCCCUACCACUUUUGAAGAGCUGCUUAUUCCAGAGGGACUGGAUGAGGAGGCAACCAAGAAGUCUACGAUUGCAGUGGCAGACCUUUUCGGCGACAAGAUCCCCGACAGGAAGGUUGGUGAGGCGAAGGCCGAGAGCAUCAAGUCUGAAGAGCGACCCUUGAAAAGGCAGUGUCUGGAGAAGCCAGGCGGCAAGGACGCGCCAUCAGUAGCAUCAACAACAGCCCCUACUUUGGCGGAUUGUGAGAAACUGAAAGAGGAUGUAGCAAUGCUGGCUGAAAGGCUGGCAGCUGAAGAGGCUGCCCAUGGAAAGAGCAAAUCUGAGAUUAAACACCUCAAGGGAAAACUUGAAGCAGCUAACAAGAUUGAGUUCGAGAUGAAAUGUCGACAUGAUGCUGUGGUUUCCGACUUGAAGAACAAGCUCAACCUAGCUCCUGAUGAAGCUGCUCUUUCGAAGUUCAAAGUCGAAGCCCAAGCAGAACGAACAGCUAAGGAGGCUGCACUUGAAGAGCUACACAAACUCAAGGGGGAAGUUGCUGCUCAUAAGGUUGUCCCAAUACCAGCACCACCGGCAAGGCUUAUGGAAAAGCCAGAUGAGUCAGUGUCAGAGGCUCUUGUGCCAGCCGAGCCGAUUGAGGAUCCAGAUGGGGACGAGGUGAAGGAACAUGCAGCAGAGAAGGAGAGUGAGACCGAGAUAAUGGAACAUACGAAGGCGGAGAAGGAGACUGAGGACGAGGAUGCAACGAUGGAAGUUGAGGAAGCCAAGAAGGAGGAGGACGGGGGCACCUCUUUUUCAUCGGCUUCAGCACUUGUGGAGGCGAAAGCAGCAGAGCCCAAAGCAGAGCCGAAACCGGCAGCAUUUGUUUUGUCUGACGCCAAUGCAGCAGUGAACGCUUGGGUCCAAUGUCAGAGUCCACGGAAAUGUCAGCGGCUACUCAAGGAUGGUUUUUCACCUGAUGCUGAUUUGAGAGACUUCUUGUUGACCAACCCCCCAGAUUCGGACUCAGACAAGGACGGUGGUGACACAGAAGUUCAUGAGCCACCAGGCAGCCCAGCUCAAGGAAACUUCUGCUCACAGGCUUACUUCAAGACAGUUCCAUGUGGCAAGCCACCAGCUCGGCUUCUACCUCUAAAGAUUGCAGCAGGCUUAGCACGUGCGGCGGUGGUGGACGCAUUGCCUUUGACAGACAGUGGAGCCGACAUUCUGAACAAUGAGGACGAAGCCGAUAUCAUGGAAAGGGUGGCCAGCAUCAGAGCUGCUAAUGCUGCUUCGCUGUCUGGAACGACUGCUUCAAAGAGGGUGAGAACGAUGCAUAAGGCAGCCAAGAAGACACCUAUUGAAGCUUUACUUGCAGUAGAAUCAGGGCUACGAACUUUCCAUCUCGACCUCGACAAGUUCAGAAUGACUUUUGAACAGGACCCCUUCAGCAUGGACCCAGAGACUUUGAAUGGGAUUCGGUUUGAGGAUAUUCCCAUGGUGGUUUUUCUGGCAGACCGAGAAGGAUCUCAGAUCCUCGUUGCUGUAGCUGGCGUAGGUGUAAUUCCAGCGGUGAUGGUGGCGAUGAACGCAAAUCGAGGUGGUGCUUACAACGAUGAAUCUUUUGGCAACGCCAGAGCUAGGGCUGUUCGAGUAUAUGAGGAGGUGUUCGGGGCAGAGUCAGAGGAAUUUCUCGAGUAUGCCGAUCACUUACCUAGAGACUUCAACCUGUCAUCACGGCCUAGCAACACUAAGCUGCACAAGAUGUUCCUUGACUGCGCUGCACAGGCUAUCAGACCCCAGGACAAGGAAGAUUCUGAUGGAGACGAUGAGAAACCAGAAAAACCACUUGAUAUCAAAGCGAUGAAGAAAGGGCUGCUGGACCAAAACACAGCAAGGGCUCGUGAAUCUUUGGCUCGGUUCAUUGACAUGGGGAAGGCGGUGAUUGAAGCAAAGGAAGCCAUGCAAGAUCCAACCAACCAUGACAGAGUUGAUGUAAAGCCUUCCGGAACAGAAACCGAUGAGAAAGCAGUCGCUGCACUGAUUGGCAUAAUGCAAGCUCGGGCAUUCUGCUAUGAUGGGGUUGGAGAUUUGUGGGCGGGAUGUGUCUUGCAGCGCGGCCUUCUCUACCAAAGGAAGCAUGACAUGACUGUAUUUGUUUGCCUGGGGUUUGUGGAGUACAUUGCACUUGGCUGGGUGCUUGAACCGGUUCAGACUGAUGCUGAAGUCUCUGACACCUACUACAAGUCACCUAGCUGCAACGAUCAUCAGACCGCUGUUCGCAAUUUGGAGUUUUUGACAGUCACCGGAUUGAGUGGGUUAGAACGCACGGACAAGAACGAGGUUGUUCUGACAACCUUCCACGUGGCCUACGCCAUCAUGGUUUACUACUACAGCAGACUGGACGAAAAAAUGGAGAUACUGAUCAAAUGCACAGGCCCACAGAAAUUCAAAGAUUUUGUGCCUGACGAUGUCUUGGACGAAGCCCUCAAGUCUAUCCCACAUUUAGAGGUCAAGUCAGAUUUUGAUGGUUUGCGACAGCGGCUUGACCAAAAACUUCUCGACAACAGGUUCAAGCAGGAGGUCACUCGACGGGUUGGAGAAAGAGCUGAGAGGGAGAACUCCACACCACAAUGUGUGAAGGACGGAAAAGACCGACCAAGUCAAGAAACUAUAGAGUCUGCGUUGGUGCAAGCUUUCACUGAGACACUUACUGGCGAUCCGGCUGUG